AUGGCAGCCGUGGGACAUUCGAUCACGUCCGAAGCCUUCGCCCUAGCGAUCAAGGACCUUCCGCUGGAGAACAUCUACACAAAAGCCGCAGAAUUGCAAAACAGCAUCACACAUCUGCUGACGUCCAACGUUCAGAUGCAGCCCUUCGCGGAAGAGGGCGACGUCGUCUGCCGCGAUGCCAUCCGGGAGAAUGACGAAGUCAUCAAACGUAUGGAGGAGAGAGUCGGCCUUUGCAGAAGCGAAGUCGAGUCCAGAGGUCAAGUAUGGAUGGGUGGUCAUACGACCAACACGGAAGGGAGUGCAGGCGAUGUGGUUCCGAAUGGUGUCAAUGGCCAUGCGCAGGAAGCGAAUGGAGAGCAGCCGCGACAGUCAAGUGGGCGACUCAACGAUGAAGAGCUACGCCGACAACUGGAGGCUCAGCUAGGCGCGGACGAUGAUGAAGAUGAGGGUGUUCAUUUAUGA